GCAGCCGGGCCCCGUCUCACCUCCGCUCUGAGGCGUCGGAGCUUCUGUUCGUUGCUGUUCGCGGCCCUGCGAGCUGCAGCCCCCUUUCCCUUUUAGGAACGCAGGUUUACCUCUUGAGAAAACGCGUGGCUCAGGUUCCUUGUGUGGAGGAGGCAGCAGCCACUGUGCCCUCUAGGAGGUAGAGGCGCUCUGAUUUUGGGGAGCACAAGCCAGCCUUCAUACCAGUCUCUGUCUUUAAAAGUGUUCAUGGCUGUGGCUGCAUCAGACCCCAACCCUGAGCCAGCGAGGAAGCACCUUGUCUGUGAAUGUCUACUUCUUUUGUGGAAGAGCCGUGUAGAAAAGUGGAGAAUUCACACCAAAGGCAACACAUUACAUGGGGCUACGGCCUGUUGAUUUUUGAGGAGGUACUCGGCUAAGACACCAGCACCAGCUGCACCUGGCCAGGAGUCUAGUUUCCAUGUGGGAAGUCUCGUGGAUUUGACUUGGCUGCUGCACCCCCAGGCAGGGACAUGGCUGCAGGGGACAUGGCCUCGACCCGGCUGGGGGCCGGGAGGCAGCACCUCCGUCCACUGAAGAGGAGGGGCUUGGUGCUGCUGAGACUCACAGCCAUCGUCUUUGCUGUGCUUCUCUUUUGUGAAUUUCUAAUCUAUUACCUAGUGAUCUUCCGGUGCAGUUGGCCUGCAGUGAAAACUCCCGCAGAUGCCGGUGGACUCGGGACCCCUGAGCCUGUGCUCAGGGCCAUGUUCUUGGCUGACACCCACCUGCUCGGGGCUGUGAGAGGCCACUGGCUGGACAAAUUACGGAGGGAGUGGCAGAUGGAGCGAGCCUUCCAGACGGCGCUGUGGCUGCUGCAGCCCGGAGUUGUCUUCAUCCUGGGAGACGUCUUUGACGAAGGGAAGUGGAGCUCCUCCCAGGCCUGGGCGGACGACGUGGGGCGCUUCUGGAAGAUCUUCCGACACCCGCCCCAUGUGCAGUUGAGGGCCGUGGCCGGCAACCAUGACAUCGGCUUCCAUUACCAGAUGAACACAUACAAAAUAAAACGAUUUGAGAAAGUUUUUAACCCUGAAAGGCUGUUUUCUUGGAAAGGAAUUAAUUUCGUGAUGGUUAACAGCGUCGCACUGGAAGGGGAUGGCUGUGACAUCUGCUCUGGAGCAGAGGCUGAGCUCCUGGAAAUCUCUCACCGGCUGAACUGCUCCCGGGAGCAGGAGCAUCGCCCCCAAGAGUGUGGAGACGGGCAGCAGCUGCCGGCCUCGGCCCCCAUCCUCCUGCAGCACUUCCCGCUUUACCGGAGAAAUGACGCCAACUGCUCCGGGGAAGACGCGGCACCCCCCGACGAGAAGUACACCCCCUUCAAGGAGCGCUACGACGCGCUCUCCCAGGAGGCCUCGAGGAAGCUGCUGUGGUGGCUCCGGCCGCGCCUGGUCCUCAGUGGCCACACGCACAGUGCCUGCGAGGUCCUGCACGGGGCCGGCGUCCUGGAGGUCAGCGUGCCAUCUUUCAGUUGGAGGAACAGAAACAACCCCAGUUUCAUCAUGGGCAGCAUCACGCCCACAGAGUACGCCCUUGCCAAGUGCUACCUGCCCUGCGAGGACACGGUUCUGACCACGUACUGCAUGGCGGCCGGGGGCCUCGUGCUCCUCACGUUAGUCCAUGCUGGGCUUGUAGCCUCACCUUUUCAUUUCGGUUGGAACAUGCUCAGAAAAUUUAAGACCACGUGAGUAGCAGGAGACGUUCUGCAGUUAGUAGUAAGUCCUGAAACCAACGAAACUGAACUUCGGGCAGUGCUUACGGAGGGCGAGACCAAAGUGGGCCAUGGGCACGGCUCGUAGGAUCUGGGUUGCUGGUGCAGAGUCCUGCAGAAUCAAUAGUUGAUUGUGCUGUUCUCACGCUGUGAAAAUGGGACUUGUCUCUACAGCCGGUCUGUCUUCUAGUUUUAUCAAAUAUAUGUGUAAUCAAAGAUUGUGUCUGUACAGUGUGUAAAAGCUAUGAAUGUCAUCACUUGCAUGCACUAGACAGCCUUCCUUCCCCAAGACGGAGGGUUAGCUGUUCACAAAUGCUGGGUUUGCUUCUGUCCGCCUAUGAGUAGUUCUCAAGUUCUUAUAUUUUAUAAAGCUGUAUACUUAAAAUAAAAUACAGAUGCUACAAGCAGGUAUACAUUGUUCUCAAGACUUUUGUAUUUCUGUGCUAAAUUAAUGGAAUCAGAUUUUUAUUAAUUUUUUUUGGCUGUACCACGCGGCAUGCGGGAUCUUAGUUCCCUGACCAGGGAUCAAACCUGUGCCCCCUGCAGUGGAAGCACAGAGUCUUGACCACUGUACCGCCAGGGAAGUCCCUGGAAUCAGAUUUUUAGGUGAGUGUAAUUUUCUCUCCAGCAGACCAAGUUGUUAAAUUUGAAUUGAAUGCCUGUCAGUGCUCAAAAGAAAC